GGCGAUCAGACGGACUCAGUGUGAUCACAGGUCAUAUCUCCAGAGGGUGCAACAAAUACAAAUGAUUACGAUACGUUCCCGAUGAGCCCGAGUCCAGCGGAUUCAUGUUCCACUAUGUGGGAUCUUAUCGCCAUUGACGCGGCGAUGUGCUACCCUGACUACAGUAAUAUAUAGUACGGGUAAAAUGAUUGUCAUUGCAGUCAGAACUGGUUCAGCUGUCUUUCUUCAUGCAGGACCUCCAACUCUUACAGCCCUCUAUCGGGAAUACGUUCGGAGCACUUUUUAUUGGGGCCACCCUUGCGGCAUUCCUCUGGGGUAUAAGCAAUACUCAAACGUUCCUUUACUUUCAGACGCACAGAAACACAGGAAUAACAUUCUUUAAGCUGGUUGUACCCUUCAUUGUCCACUGCAUCUAUUAUUACUUGGUGAGAAAUCACGCGAGUAUGGGUGCGCUCACAAAAAUUGUAUGGAGUUUUAAAGUGAUCAGCAAGGGUCGAUCAAGAGCUCUCCCUAUAACGAUGUGCGUGAUCGUAGCCCUCGCUUCAGCCCUUGUUUGGGUAUUAUAUCGGUGUCAUCUGUUCUCCGACUUGGUUAGGAUUGAGUGGGCGGUAUAUAUGGCUUUGGGCACGGUCACUGUUGUCGAUAUCCUUAUUGCAUUAUCGAUGUGGUACUUCCUCGCUACCUCCCGCACCGGAUUCUCCAACAUGGAUUCCUUCGUCAACAAGCUCAUGGCUUACACCGUUAGUACUGGCUGUAUCACCAGCAUAGGUUCAGUGGCAACUAUGAUUACAUGCGCGCUGAUGCCGAACACUUUUAUCUUUCUCGCCGUUGGAUUUUUGGUAGCUAAAUUAUACGUCAACUCGUUUCUCGCUCUGCUGAAUACGCGAUACUACUUGGAGUGCAAUGCAGACAACAUCGACUCCUCCAAAACCCAUCGUACGCGCCAUUUGCUCUACCGACCGGAGUCGCGCAUCAGUAUGCCACAAGCAGAGGAAGUCCAGGCCUCCCAGGGGACCAUCCCUAAACAUCUCGACGAUGAAGUGGUUUUCACUCGUCCUGUUCCGACUGACAUGUCACAGUCUCCACCGAUUGCGAUCACAGUUGAGAUAAGUUCUUUCUCGUCACCUUAGAAGAUUGGCUGGGCUCUCGAAAGACCCUCAACAUCGAGGUCCAGGGCUAAGCACAUUCUCCGCGUGUCAGAUAGGAUCAGAACCCCAAGGUACAUCCCAUAGUUAGAUUCACAUAUUCUCGCGAGGUAUUUAAUGGCCGCCACUAUUCGAAAGCUGGUUGGAUCGGACAGAUAGCUAUGUCUAAUAUAAUAAAGCACGCAUAUCCGCCGGCUCGGGCGCAAUUGUGUCCAUCAUGUCAUGUUGUAUUACUACGUGUUCACGGUAGUCGUCUAUAGUUCUCUCGCA